AUGACUGAUGAGAGUAAUCUAACCUAUUCCAGACACGGUUUGUUCUUAGAUAAAAGAGUACAUGAAAGCAUUUGUAGUAGUGAUUGGAACUUAUUUGAGUUUAUUGUCAUAUCUGGUGAAAUAUGUGGCAGUUUGUUGGGAGGAAACGGAUUAAAUGUUUAUCUGGAUCGAGUUUUAAUAAAUUGGUAUCUUUAUCAGCGGCAUCUUCUUCGUAAGCAAUACCAGAGACUUGCAGAUGAGGGGCUACCUCCCCUCGAUGGAGUCAACAUUCGCUUUGAUGUUUAUGUAUCUUACAGCCACGAGGAUUUAGACUGGGUUAUACAUGUGCUGCAACCAAAACUAGAGGGAGAUGUUCAUAACUUCAAACUUUGUCUUGAUUAUAGAGACUUUAUUGCUGGUGAUACAAUCUUCAACAACAUCAUUGAUUCUAUCAAGAGCAGUCAUAAAACAUUGCUAAUUGUCACCAAGUCAUUCAUCGCCAAUGAAUGGUGUUUCUUCGAAGUGGAGAUGGCAAGAACUAAAAUGUUCGAUGCAAAUGAAGACAGCCUCCUGAUCAUUCUGCUGGAGGAUGUUGAUGUGGCCCGCAUACCCAACUUUCUACGUUUGGUGAUGCAAACCAAAACGUAUCUCAAAUGGCCAGAGGAAGAAGAAGACAGAGCUAAGUUUUGGACCACACUUGCAGAGGUCUUAAGAACACCAAAUGCGCAUAAAGAUUGGUUGAUAAAAAACUAAAUUUAUGAAAACAAAGAUCAUGUAUGUGCUAGUCCCAUAGGUUGUGUCUUCAAGAUUUAAAAUAAUAAUGUGGUCUUUAAUUUAUGUAUCAGAAUAGUGCAAUUAGGUGAUUAGGAUCGAGCCUAUGUAGUUGUAUGUUUGAGAUCUACACCAAUGGUUCUCAAUCUUUUUGCAUUCACGGAUCCCCUGUGUCUAAGCAUUACUCAUUGUCGAUAUUAAAACAGAUUAUAGAUAUAAGAUCAUUCGCCUCAAAAGUACAACACUACACAAUUGCAAAUACUGAAAUUUGAAACAGAAACCAGAUCAGCCCCAUCAUGGGCGGGGGCUGAUACACAAUUUGAGAUUGCCGGAAAUGGCACCGUCAGACUCAAAAAUUGAAUUGAUUUUCUUUUACCACCAUUCAUUUUUAAUAUUUUGGCCUGAUUUUUAAAAUAUAUUGAAUAUCCAGGUGAAAGCAAUAUAAGACAGAACCAUAUGAAACAUACAAAAAAAGAUGUUCAUUACAUUAGGAUUGCCACUGUCAAGUGGCUCGCUAAUCACCAAACAUAUAAACUCUGAACAUCUUUACAUAUAAAAACACAGAACAUUUUAACAGAUCAGCAACAAAUAUUUAAAUUAAAAUAUAAUGCCAGUUAAAAUAAUUUACUUUGACUAACGUCUACGCCUAUGUCAAAGGUUUUUCGUUAUUGAUAAGGCAUCUAAU